AUCAUAGGAAAAUAUCAAUCCAAACAAGCCUACACGAUAGUUUUUCCCAAACUAAACCCAAACCCCUAGCCACGUUUCCCUCUCAAAACUCGGAGGCAGAGCACAGAACACACAGCCGCGCCCCAACACAACAACCCCCCCUCCCCCGCGCCAGUCUGUUGUGAGGAGAAUAUCAGAAGCAGCAGCUCGUCUCCGCCGCUGCGUCUGGUCCAGCCCUCGCCCCCCGCAGUUCGUCCAUUCUUUCACGUUGCAACAUCGCCCUCAGGCACGCCACUGUCCACAUCAUCCGUUGCCGCACCUCUAGCCAUCACCUCUGCUGCUCAAGGCUAUUCCUCACUUGAAAAGGUGGGAAAAGAAGAAAAAGAAGAAGUUAUCUUGAUGCUCAAACAAUGCAGUCUCAUUAUAAUUCAUUUCCUUCGCAAAAUUCCAACCAAAUCCAAUCCAACAAUAGCAUUGCUCCAGUUCAGGGUUUCCCAACGAAUCCUUCUCUUGUGAAUUUAUGCAACAUGUUGCAAAAUUCUAUGCCAGUUCAACCUCAAUUGGGUAUUGUCAAUCCUCAAAUUCCAAUUCCUUUCAACAAUUCCAGUACCAUUAUGCCAAAUAUGCCACCUUUGAUCAUCCAGCAACCUGGCUUUGUUAAUCAACUGGGUAUACCUCAAAUGGGUUUUGCUCCACAAACCAAUAUGAAUGCCAUCCCAAUGUUUGUGAAUCAACUGAUCCCAGGUCAACCUCAAGGCCAACCAUUUGCCUUUAAUUUGCCUCAGCAGCACCAUCAUAAUAUGGUCUUCCCCAGUCUGCAAAAUAUAAUGCAAAAUCUGAACCCCAUAGUGCCCAUGCAAAUGCCAAAUCCUUCUCAAGCAGAUGGUCCUCAAAAUCCCAGCUUGUUUGCAAAUUCAUUGUUUGUUGGGCAGCAAGGCAAUCUGAAUCAGCAAAAUUUUGUGGAGGAUAAGAGAACUCAGCAAUUACAAGGGAGCUUGCUCACGAUGCCAAAAACUCAAAACUCAAGACCCUCUACUUCAUCCUGUCGGCUGGGUGUUCCUGUUAAUGUUGGCCCAAAUAAUCAUUCAACUUCCAAUUGGAAAAACUUUCCAAGUAAAGACUUCAAAAAGAAUCCGAGGAAAGAGGCGUCAAAAAUGGGAUAUCAGAAGUCCCAAUUCCAUCUUAUGAAUAAUGGAAAGAGAAAGUUUGUGUUAUCUAAUGAACACAAGGGAAAAGGUUUUGGCUAUGAGAGGACAACUAAAUAUGGUCGCACUAAUCCUAUUGAGAAGACGAGGGAAAACAAAAGGUCUCUUGCUUUGAUCUAUACUGAACAAGAAAUCAAACAAUGGCGUGAAGAACGAAGGAAGAAUUACCCGUCAAAUGCAAAUAUUGAGAAGAAGCGCAAUGGAAGACUAACUAACCAUGGGGUUUUCGAUACAGAGGCCAAACAACGUCGAGAGCAACUCAAGGAGAUUUUAGCAAAGCAGGCUGAGUUGGGAGUUGAAGUUGCAGAAAUACCAUCACACUACUUGUCAGAUUCAGAGAAACAAGUAAAUGAAAGGCAAGAUAAUGGAAGGUUUCCCAGUAAGAAAGGUAGACCCUUAAACAAGCAUGACAGAAGAGGAAGAUUUAACAAAAAUGACCGAUUUGUGAAGCAGAAAACAUUAGAAAACAAGGAUUCAUCUAAUACAUUUUCCUUAAACCAAAAGAAGCCAACACUUCUACAGAAGCUUUUGAGUGCAGAUAUAAGGAGAGAUAAGCACCACUUGUUGCAGGUUUUUAGGUUGAUGGCCAUAAACUCUUUCUUUGAGGAUUGGCCGGAAAAGCCUUUGAGAUUUCCUUUGGUGGUAGUCAAGGAAGAUGGUAGGGUGGACAAUCAGCUGGUAGCAGAAAAUUCCUCAUGUACUGGGAAAGAUGUUGAUGGUGAUAAACAAGAUGAAAAAGUGGAGCAAGGGAAAUGUUAUGCUGGGGGAAAAUGUAGCCUUGUUCAGGAAAUUGACAGAACUGAAGGAGAGGAGGGAGAAAUCAUUGACUAGGAUUGCUUGUCUUGUUCCUAUAGGCUUGCAAAAACUAUUUCUUCCUGUAUUUGUUAUUUUACCUCAAGUUUGGACGCAGUUUUUCAACUAUGUGAAUUGGGUUGAUAAAAAGUUCUCUACUUUUUCUUCUUUA